ACAUAAUGGGUCAUCAUCCAUCCAUAGUUUCCACAAUGACUUUUGUUCUUUUUUUCCAGGAAAAAGAGAAACGUGGACCAGAGAGUGAAUAAAAAAAGCAGUGGUGCCUGUGGUGAGAAGAGUCCUAGUAGGAUAGCUCAUCAUUAUUGAUAAAUGAUAAAUCGAAAUUGAAUACCCAGAAGAGAAACAAACAGAAGCUGCAAGAACAAAGAAGGUUGUGCAGUUGGUGUUACUCUGCCCCAGAAAAGAGGCUGAUCUCUUCGCUGUCUUUUUCUUAGUCCACGGCAGAACCUCAAAGAAACCAAAAAAGAAAUUGAUGGAGACAGAAAAGUCGUUCUCUUGGUUUGCAGUUUUCUUCCUUUUGUUGGUUGUCUCACAUUCCACUUCAAUUUCAGAUGUCUUGCUCCACUCUUUCACUUCAACAGGAAGGAACCUCCUUCAGGCAAAGAAAGCUUGCCCAGUUAACUUUGAGUUUCAGAACUAUACGAUUAUCACAAGCCAAUGCAAAGGACCUCAUUAUCCACUUGAUCGAUGUUGUUCAGCAUUUAAGGAAUUUGCUUGUCCUUAUGAGGAACAGAUAAAUGACUUGACAAGUGAUUGUGCUUCAAUUAUGUUCAGCAACAUUAAUCUUCAUGGCCAAUAUCCUCCAGGUCUCUUUGCUAGCGAGUGUCGUGAAGGGAAAGAAGGGCUUGCAUGCCCUGCCUCACCCCCAUCAACAUCAGAAAAUGCUAGUGGCUGUCAGCUAAUAUGUAAUCCAUCUGUACUGCUAAUGGCCACAACUGGCUUCGUAGUGUUUUUACUCGUGUUGUUAUGAGAGGCUGGAGCUGGAAGUGAAUUACAUUUAUUCCAAUUGUUCCCACUUUCACACGUGAAGAUUACAGUAUUUUCAUACAUCAGGUUCAGCGAUGCUUUUCUUUGUACUUGUAAAAAUGUGGUAGAGAUAAUAAUUUUAGAUUUGUCAUACUGGAAAUUUAAUUUAUGUACAUCAUUGGAAUGCUACUAAAAGUUGGGGAGAAUGGUGCUUUUCACUUGUAAUUUGCUUGCAGCCACGAAAUGAGUUAAUGGUUUUCCUGGAUGAUCUCAGAUGCAAGCAUUCUGUAGGCUGGUAAUGGCAUGGAUUGGGUGUGCCCAUCGGGCUAUGAAUAGUUUCUUGGUACGCUGCUCUGAAAUGUCUUUAAUUCCAAUUAAUUUAUGUUAGUGCAUAGAAUCGAUGCUGAAAAUAUCCUUGUCUAACCUAAAACUUCAUCUCUCCCCUGAAGGAGAAAAGUAGAUUUGUUUGGCUUUAGACUUGGACUACAUGCCUGAACUAAAGCUGGACUUGGGAGGUAUGGGACAGCUGCAGCUAGAGGACUCCGUUCCCUAUAGCCUUGUGACACUUGCAACUUACUAGCUACAGAUGAAAAAUGUAGGGAAUAGAUAAACCAAAUGAAGUUUACUCCAAAUCAAAGAGCAUGUUUUUAACCAAAGUUGAUUUAGGGUUUUAUUCUUAUGGAAAUUAUAGUUUAUAGAUGAGAGUUGGAAAGCAUUCCCCUCAAUGGGAUUUGAUCUUUUAACGACGGAAUUGGAAGGGUGGUAAACAGAAUCCAAAGUUAUUGGGUUGCUUCACCUGCCGCUUAC